CAUUCCAGAAUCCCCACGCAGCACUCAGGUCAGUUAUAGCGACGACCGUCAGCAGCAAAGGCCGUCGCCAGCAGCAGUCAGCAGAAGCCAUACUUGCUAAACCAGCUUCCUCUCGGGCUUCUGUCGCGUAGGCUCUACAAUGCAGUCCGUAGCCGUUUCCUGCAGCUCCUCAGCCAUGUACGCGGGAACUCGCGUCCUGUCACCAGCGUCGUCGUCGUCAGCUUUUUGCCAUGGUGAACGAACGCCAGCUUGCGGUUGCAGCGCUCCCGUCGCCGGGAUUCCCGCUCGCAGCGUUUCCGUCGCUGGGAUUCCCGUUGCCGGGGUUCCUGCUCGCAGCAUUCCGUUCGCGACGACUGGGCGAGUGGGAGGUCGAUCCGGGCGAGGAAUCCCGCUGCUAGUAACGGCAGCCACGGGCGGUUCGAAGGGGUUCGGCAAGGCGGACGACAGCAAGAGCCGGAAGCCAAGCCAGAGCAAGGGCAGUGGGGGUCCAAAGCAAGACGCUUCUAUUCCAGGCGUCGGUGUGAAUGAGUCAGCGCCAGACAUCUCAGGGCCGGGCAUCCCUGCACUGCCCUCCCGCGCUGCCACGGACGACGACCGCCUCUUUGAGGAGCGCCUUCGAGAAGUCAGGCGGCAAGCAGAGGAGAAGAAGAGGACAGUGGCGACACGGAGUGUGGCGCCCAUAGACUAUGACAACCCGUCCACGGAGCCCCUGGUGGACACCGCUGCUCUCACCAAGGACCUCCCUGCUAAGAUCGGCAUUGGCAUCGCUGCGACUGUGUUCGCUGCCAUCUUUGCCUUUGGGGACAUCCUCCCUGCACCUGCUCCCCCCUCGCAGCAGCAGAUGGUAGACGCGAGUGGCAUCGCCGCCGGGGGAAUGAGCGAUGCACAGAGGAAGCAGAAAGAGGACCAGGUACAGGAGUUUGAGGGUCGCCUGGCCGCCACGCCGGACAACAGGGAGGCGCUGGAGGGCGCUGCUGUGCUGUAUGCUGACCUGGGGCAGUACGACAAGUCGGCCCAACGACUGGAACAACUCAGUAAGCUAGCCCCUGAGGAUCCCGAGGUGCAGCGGCUGCUGGGGGAGGUGCGGUUUGAGCUGGGCGACUACAGCGCCAGUGCUGCGGCUUACAGGAGGGCCCUCAAGGUGUCACCCGUGGAGUCCCUGGAGGUGCUGCAGGGCUUGACUGGUGCUCUUCUGGCCGAUAACAAGCCGCAGCAGGCGGUGGACGAGCUACUAGCUGCGCGGCAGAGGGUGGCAGCAGCGGUGGAGGGAGAGGCGGAAGCGCCAGAGGGGGUGGCGGACGAGGUGCAGGUGGCGCUGCUGCUGGGGAAAGCGUAUGCGGCGUGGGGCAAGCCGGGGGACGCUGCCUCGGUGUACGACAGGCUCAUUGCCGCCCGCCCUGACGACUUCCGAGGCUAUCUGGCUAAGGGCUUGUUUCUCAAGGACAAUGGCAACCAGGCGGAGGCUGACAGAAUGUUUCUUCAGGCUAGAUAUUUGGCACCGGACCAAGUGAAAAUGUUGGUGGAUCGGCUCGCCAAGAGAUGACAAGCAACUUCACAUUGAACAUUCAGACUCCUUUUCCUCUCACGUGUUGCGAGUUCUGGCGACUGCUAAGGGCGGGUCGAAAUAGUUCACACCCUAUUCAUUUCUUGAAUAGUCUGUUAAAGCCUGAACUAGGGAGAACAGAGGAGGCCGCCAUGAAAUGGCGGCCAAGGGUUUAGCUAGGAAGUUGACGAGAGUGUCGAGAGAGAAGAGGGAUAGACUAGAAGAGAAUGAAGUACAAGAAGGGGGUUGUCCCCCCUACAGUAGGAUGCAGUUAGUAGCAUAACUACCAAGCCUACAAUG